AUGCCUAUUAAAGUGCGUGAGCACUUAAAACUCAUUACGUACCGCGAUAGUUCCUCCGCGAAAAAACAACCAAUCAUCUCCACACACCUGUCGCCCGAACCAAUCUGUCCGGUUCAGCUGGAGGGCGCCGUCCGCGACCUGCUUUUCACGUCCCGCUCUCUUUCCGCCACGCCCUCUGUACCACAUUGUCGCAUGGCGGGAAGCCGCUUCGACCUGCUCGCGCCGGCGCGCGGGCCUCCCCCCCGGGAUGCCCCCGAACGCGGGCCGCGGCGUCGCCGCGAACGCCUGGACACAUCGGGUCCGCGAGUCGUCGCGCGCCGUGGAAACGUCAGCUCCGCCGCGCCGAACCGGACCGAGGGGAGGGGCAAUCGGCGCAGGAAGCUGCCCUCGACCGUGUUGGUCAGCAGCGUGGAAGAGUGCAGAAGGGUAGUCACGCGGCUGUCCAGGUUCGACCGCGUGGCUGUGGAUUGUGAGGGCGUCGCGCUGAGCAGGAAGGGCAAGUUAUGCUUGGUGCAAGUUGCCAGCGUCGACGGGAUUUUCUUUUUCGACGUUGUUGACGAGAAGCAUGGGAGGCAGAUUUUCGAGGAGGGAGGCUUGAGACGGUUGCUUGAGAAUGAUAGGGUCUCGAAGGUGAUGCAUGAUUGCCGCCAUGAUUCGGAUGCACUGUUUCAUCAAUUUGGCGUCAGGCUGGGGCCGGUGGUUGAUACGCAGGUUGUGUUUUCAGAAUUGCGGAAGGCGCGUGGGAUGGAGGAGGGUUUACCAGUCAGUAUGCGGACUUUACUGAAGAAAUUCACGGGCGCGAGUGAGGAGGAUUUGGUCGUGAAGGUUGCAGUUAGAGAUCAGAUGUCAGGCGAUAAGGAGCUUUGGCAGAGGAGGCCGCUGGGGGAGAAGGCAAUGCAAUAUGCGAGGAUAGAUGUUGAACAUUUGCUGUUUCUGGAAGAGCUGCUGAGGGGAUACUUGUUUGAUGCGGAUCGCAAGGCAUGGGAGACGGUGAGGGAGAAGAGUACAGAAUAUGUCAUGGUUUACAGAGAUGAUGAGGAUGGGCCCAGGAAAGCCCAAGUUAGGUAUGACGAGAUGGCCAGGAUGGCCAGGAGGCAGAGGAGUAAGGCGGAUAAGCAGAAGAAGAUGGACAUGCAUCAGAGGACAGAUCCCAUGAGGAAGUUUUCGUUUGAUGCGCCCAAAGUGGUUGAGGCACUGAUCGCUAUGUAAGGGAUUAGGAGGCGCUGUGUGCGAGUGGAACAUGGUAGGAUUGACGAGGUGGUAGUGCAACACCGGAACAAGUCCUGCGACGGACCGCUUGACUUGGUUCCGAAAUACGGUAGAGGCUCGUAGUCUAUUGAAGCUAGCGCUUCAAUACUCAAACGAAGCUGCGAUGUGAGGACUCAAAAUGAAUCUGGAUCCAGCUUGAGUGACAGAAUAGAUAUCUGCACGCGGAGUUACCCAUAAAAUACCUUCGAAAAUCGUGAGAA